AUGGGACCAGGCCUUCAAGAAUAUCCCUUAUUACUGCACAAAGAGACACAGAAAAAGGAAAACCAAAUCAAUGAAAACCACAAAGGAAUGGUAAAUAAUGGAAAAAGCCAUCCAAGCACCAAAGGACUAAAUAAACCAAUUUCUCAUGUGAAGUCUUCUCCUGGAAGAUUAGGCAAAAAUGUAUCAAGUGCCAUUGAAAAGACUUACCACGACACUCAAGAUGGUAGCCAACCAAGUAUUUUUAAGAAGGGAAAAAAGCAGCUGGAUAACAAUACUCAGUCAAAAAGGAUCCCAAGUGUUUGCACAUCACUCCACAGAGUACAAGGACCAAAGAGGAGUCUCCCAGAAAGGCAGCAAAAUGAAUCUUUUCUGCACAGGAUCCCUCCUAGUGUUAAGGGCAGCACACAAGGUAGCUUCUGUAGGGUUAAAGAUGUCCCAGUGCAGCAUUUUUAUUGCAGUAAAAAAGAACAGUUGGAAAAAAAUAACGAAGUACAUGUUGCUGAAGCUGGUCCAUGCUCUUCUAAAUGGCAAGAAGCAUCUGUAGAUGAAAUGUUUCUUGAUUUUGAAUCGGUACAAAUUAUUAAAGAAGAUGCUGAAGAUGAUAGUGCCAGUGAUCUCUCUGAUUCAGAAAGGAUUCCCAUUCCCCCAUCUCCCUGCACGCCACCAGAACUCAUUCUCAGAGCUGAAGAAAUUGAUCCAGUUUGUUUGGAAGAUGCCCCUGGUAUGGGUUUUAAGGAAUCAGAAUAUUACUACCCAGACUUCCUCCCACCUCCUUUCAACUCAUGGGACUUGAAGCAACUGGCCAUCUUUGUUAAUGUAGAGGGUAAAACUGAAUUUCGACCAAAGCCAACAGGAUUUCUUGAGAAAUACAUUGAUCGCCUCUUGCAGCUGGAAUGGCUGCAGAUGCAGACUGUACAGAAUGAGAAAGGAAAGGCAGCCAAAGCCAGGCCACAGACUGCUCCCGGCUCCAUCCGUACCCUAAAAAGCCCUGGCAAAGGCAAAGCAUUGCUCAGCCCUUUGUCUACCAAGCAAAUGGUUCCCCAAGAAAGUGUUACAAAGCUGCCCAGAAGCUAUUCAGGUCACAGGGGAGAUUCAUACUCUGAAGAAAGUCACCAGUUACGUUCUCAUCCAGGUCGCUUGAAACUUUCUGAGAGAAUGGGAUGUGGACUGUCUUCUCAGAGACAACCUGGUGAUGUGAGAAGUGAACUGACAAAAAAACCUACUGCAAAGCAGCAGCUUUUCAAUAUGCAGCCCUCUGAGAAUGGUUCUAAAAUUCAAAGUGUUGGUAAUAUCAGACCCCCUAAGCAAACCCUAGUAUUCCAUGGUUCAGCUGCUCCCAUGAAAGGCUUAAAAACAUACGCGUGUGCAAAUCCAAAGAAAAAUGGCAAUACCAACAGUUAUGUUCCUUCUAAAAAAACAAUAGGGGACAGGAAAAUAAAAACAAAUGGCACAAUGCAAACAUCAUGCAAAUUUAAAUGA